AUGGAAAAGUUCUCUCAAUUCCGAGAUCGAGGCUCCGGCAUUGCGCCGUUCCUCCCCAUCCCAACACCACGAUCAGGCUAUGCGCUGCCACUACACAUAUUUCUAUUCUGCUUCCGCCUGCCGCUACUCAUAUUCGUGUGCCUGAGCUACUUUGCUGUCCUGCAAUGGCUCCCCAUCGGCUCGUUAGGAAAGAAGGCGUCGCUGUGGUGUAUACUAGGUGUUCCCAGUCUGUGGUGGAUCGACUUGCAGGUUGACGGCGUGAAGAGAGGACGCCUUGCUAGCCAACGAGCCCGCCUACCCAUUUCCAAAUGCAUCAUUGCUUCUUCCUUCACCUCGCCUAUCGAUCCAGUCUAUCUCGCCGCCGUCUUUGACCCUAUCUUUACCGCAUCAUAUCCCAAUACACGCAAAGUCGAGCGCCUAUCACUUCUACAAGCUAUUCUGCGGUCAUUCUCAUAUCCUCUCGUCAACCCACCGUCGGACACACAGCUUGUCGAGCUUUCGGAGCUACUCGAGCAAUAUCAGUCUCGACCUGUCGUUGUCUUCGCCGAAUGCACAACGACAAAUGGGCGCGGUAUCCUACCACUCAGCAGAUCUCUCGUAUCUGUACCACCACGCACCAAGAUCUACCCGGUAAGCUUGCGCUAUACCGAGGCAGAUGUAACGACCCCAGUACCUGGUACAUACGUCACGUUCCUCUGGAAUUUGCUGAGCAAACCGACACAUUUCAUCCGCGUACGCGUUGCCGAGUACGUGACGACAUCAUCUAAAAAUCUCUCGCCUUCAUCACAAGCUCAAAGCACAAGCACAGACUUUUUCGAAGAUGAUGAGCCCACAUCUUUCCUUGAGGAGUACGCCGGCUCAAAUGAUGAUUCAGAGUUGACCAAGAGCGAGCUUGCUGUAUUAGACUACGUCGGCGAGUCACUGGCUCGCUUGGGKAGAGUCAAGCGGGUUGGAUUAGGGGUGAAGGAGAAGCAAGAUUUUGUGGAUAUUUGGGCAAGGCAUAAGCGAAGUCGCUGA